AGCGAACUCGCUCCGGGAGAAGAGUUACUACCCGGACUGGUUGGUCUGGUGAGACGCUAGCAGAGGCAGUGUACGGGGUUCUUCUCUUGGAGGGGCAGCACGAUAAAAGGAUUAGCCAUGGCGUCUCUGAUCAGAAAGGUGAUCAGCACUGCGAAAGCCCCAGGGGCCAUUGGUCCCUACAGUCAAGCCGUGUUAGUCGACAGGACCGUUUACAUUUCAGGACAGCUAGGCAUGGACCCUGCAAGUGGUCAGCUUGUGCCAGGAGGGGUGGCAGAAGAAGCCAAGCAAGCUCUUACAAACUUGGGUGAAAUUCUGAAAGCUGCAAGCUGUGACUUCACUAAUGUGGUAAAAACAACUGUUUUGCUGGCUGACAUGAAUGACUUCAACACUGUCAAUGAAGUCUACAAGCAGUAUUUCAAGGGUAGUUUUCCUGCAAGAGCUGCUUACCAGGUUGCUGCUUUGCCCAAAGGAGGCCAUGUGGAGAUUGAGGCAGUCGCUGUCCAAGGACCUCUCACAACAGCGUCGCUAUAAGUGGGUCCAGCGUUAUUUAGUCUGGAAUUUUAACAAUGUCUUCAAAUUAACAUCUUAAUUUUUACAGUUGACGUUGGAAAGUUUAUGAAUGACUUAAACAUUUGAGGUCAUCAUGGAAAUACCAUAUAAUAAGGGGAAUGAAGCAUGAAUUGGGGAUCAGAUGACAACUCCAGUUACUGGUGUAAUAAAUCACACGCACACUCAUGUUCCUGGAUGUGGGGAAAGAGACGUUCAUUACAUACUUAUGCAAAUAAAUGAAAGUAAAGGGAAAUAAAUCAUAGGAGAGAGGAGUUGUUACUCUUCCUGAUAAAUAAUUAAGAGCACUUGUAAUUCAGUUAAAUGCUCUUAAUUUAAUGAUGUGAAAUACUUAGUUCUCUUGUCAGCUAUAUAAUUCUGCUUUUACUUGAGUAAAAUUAAAGUACUGAAAUUUGAAUGGUAGAGGUAAAGGAGAAGGAAGUGGACCACAAUCUUAAUAGAUAAUAUUUUUCUAAUGGAAAUAAAAUAGACGUGCAGAUUUUCCUUGGUGUGAUUCUGUUCACUUAUUUUUUUUUUUUAAGAUUUUAUUUAUUUAUUUAUUUGAGAGAGAGAAACAGCAUGAGAGGGGAUAGGGUCAGAGGGAGAAGCAGGCUUCCUGCUGAGCCGGGAGCCCGAUGUGGGACUCGAUCCCAGGACUCCGGGAUCAUGACCUGAGCUGAAGGCAGAUGCUUAACCAACUGAGCCACCCAGGCGCCCUGUUCACUUAUUUUUUAACAGUUUAAUUUGUACAUUAAAGCACAUUACCUGAUGGUGGUGGGGGGUGGUGGGGGGAGACCAUGAAGUUAAAACCCCAACUAUUUUUUUCUCAAAACUUAAUUUUGACUUUGUAUAUUUCUACACUGUUGUAAUAAGGCUAUGUGUAAUCAUUUUGUGUCUGAUCCUUUAAAAUCUUUUAAUUUAGACAACUACUACAUGAAUACCUCCUUGCUGUAGGAUAAAUUCCAACACAGAAGUAUAUAGAUUAAAGAGUAGAAGUAGCCUUCACUCACUCUCCAUUCCAUUUACCUCCCCAAAGAGAAGCACUGCUGAGAGUUUUGAGCAUAACCAGCAGUUUUCUGUUCUUUACAUACUUGAUCAUCCAGCUUGGUUUUGGCUUGUUUACAUAAAUGGAACUGUAUAUAUUACUCUACAGAUUGCUGUCUUCUGUCUUGAAGAUCUUCCAUAUAUAUACAUAGAGGCCUGCCUCAUUUCUAAAACGGUCGCAGGGUAUCCUUCUGAGAAGAUAUGCGUCAGGUGACUUAACCACUCCUCCAAAAAAGUCGGUGUUUUCAAGAGUAUCAUAUUACAGCAGUGCAGCCAUAACGUUCUUACACAUACACCUGCCAUUCUUGGGGAUACAAGAGCUUGUUAGAGCAUCGAACAUUACAAGCAUCCCACUUAUAUAAAGAUAAUUUGGUGACCCACUUCUGAGUUGUUUCAUAAAUGUUUCAGCUUAUUGUAGAAAUGUCAUGUUAAUUUGGAAAGCUCAGUCAACUAAAAGAUGCUUUUAGAGGCAGCUAAGACAACAGUUUUUAGAGCACAGGCUUUGGAGUAAUCCCAGUGGGGUUCAAGGCCCACAUCUACCACUUAUUAGCUCAAUUACCUUCAGCUAGUUAUUUAAGCUCUUAAGCCUCAGUUUCCUGAGAUAAGAAUUGCACCUCCUCAAAGGGAUGUCAUAAGGAUGAAGUAAAAUAAUGUAUAUGAAAAUUACUUUGCAGACAUUAGCAUAGAGUAAAGGCUCAAAAAGAGCUACCUCUAUUCAGCAGUAUUGGGUAAUUAUUGAUUGUAUGGAAUAAUGCGCUAAGUAGAAAGGUUUCUGCUGUUUGGGUAACUAAAUUUAUUAACAAAGAGUAAGUAUGACAACUCUGUAAGUAGGCAGAGUUGGGGAGUAUAGGAGUGUGAGUUGAUAAAACAAGAGUAGGCACUGGAAAUUCUUUUAGACAUUUUUACAUGAAGCAAUAUAGUAUAGUGCUUAAGGGCUGGACUCUAGAGCCAGACUGCCUGAGUUCAAAUCUUGUUCCACCGUUUCUUAGCUCUAUAACUUCGGGCAAGUUAUUUAAGCUCUCUGUUCUGUUUCUUCUGUAAAAUGUCUGUUUCACCUAUAAAAUGGGGAUAUUGGUAGUACCUACCUUAUAAAGUUUCAAGUGUUAAAUUAAUAUGCAUGAAGCACUUAGAAUAAUGCCUGGCACGUAGCUGUGAUGAUGAGGAUAAUCACUGAAGCCUUUCCAUUAUUUGGCAAUAAGAAGAAAUGAGCUGUCAGGCCAUAAAAAAGACAUGAACCUUGAAUGCAUGUU